GGCUCCUACCCAGCGCCCUCCAAGAUGGCGCGGUUGCCAUAGCAACUGCGCCCGGGAGCCGGGCGGGGAGAUGGCGCUCGGCGCUGCCGUGGGUCCGCUGUGGCGCUGUCAAACAUCCCAAAGCUUGGGGCUGAGAGACAGGGAGGUCGCUUGCCACGGCUGUGCUUUUCAUACGGAUAGCUUGCCGUUUGUGUUCAGUGAUGCAAGAGGUCCCUCCCUGGAAUGUCCUUUCCUCCUUUCCUCUUUCCCUGGGAGAGGAGAUGGGUCUGCACCUUGUUUCUGGAAACAGACCUUCAAAACAAGGCCUUCAUUUCAGAAAAUGAAUUCAUGUAUGCCAAGGAACUGCAAAAAAAAUGCCCAAACAUACAGGAAAAACUCUCCCUGUCAUUAUCUCAACUCAUGAGCCUUUAAUUAUAUUUUCUCUCCCCUGCCCAGAUGAGGAGGAGAGUAACAGAGCAGCUUUGGUGGACACUAUGUCCAGCCAAGGUCAACCCACCACAGAAGAAUAUCUGAUUUCUUACAAUUCUAAGCAGAUCACAUUUUUUUUCACAGACAGAGUAAGAAUCAGGACAAUGAAAUUAAAGGGCACACUUGUCACAGUUUAUGGAUUCCAUGUGUGUGCAGUGUUUACAGAUUGUCCAAAUUACUGAUGCUACCAGCCUCUUAGAGCUGCUCUAAGCAGUGGAAGAUACUGUUCAGGUUCAGAAUGGCCUGGAUGAACUGCAGAAAUGGUCUGGAUGAAGGAAGAAAUAACUUACUGGGUGUGAGUGCAAAGGGCUAUAGUGAGGCAGGAAUAACCAGCUCUACAAUUACAGACAGGGCAGGGUCAGCUCACUCAGUAUAUGUUCAUAGACAAUAGAGUAGGGGGUUGUUUAGGUACAAUUUAUCUAAAUUUGUCAUAAGGUCCUGUGGAAAAAAAAAAAAGAUGCCAUCCUGGGACAUCUAAACAGACACAUAGCCUGCAGGAUGUGGGAAGCAGCAUUCCUGUUGCCCUCUCUAUAGUAAGGCUGCAGAAGGAAUACUGUGUCCAGUUUUGGGCAUUGUAUCAAGAAGGCUGUUGGAGCUACAGCCCCGUUGAUGGGGCCUCAGCUGCCCUAAUCAGUUUUGACCUUGUCUCCAACCCUGUGUCAGGCCCUGCCUCCUGUUCCUCCUGAAGAAGGAGACCCUGACCAGUCACCCCACUUUGGGGCUCUGUGGGCACCCUGCAGGCAGCACCAGCUCUGCCCAUCUUGCAGGGAUACUCUGGGACUGUGGCUGGCUACUGAGCACGCUCUCAGCCUCACUCCAAGCCUUGUACUGGAAGCAGAGACAGAAAGGCGAGGGCUAUGGAAAGACUGAAUAAGUGGUACUUGUUUGAACAAAAGCACAAAAGGCUAUAAUUUGGUUACACUCUUAGCAUGUAUAAAAUACUGUGACAGUUUUCCACAUCCAGGGAUGUGGAGAAGGAAAAAUACAGUGAGUUACAUGUGUGGCAAUUAAGGCUUUGUUGAAACAUUAGGAGAAAGCUGGUGGUAGGGAUAAAUGUUCCUCAGCCUGGAUUUGGCAUGCUACUAUUAUGUUGCUGUGGGUAGCUAGAAUCCUCAGGUUGGUUCUGGUCUUUCAUUCAGUUAAACUUUUUACUGAAGUUAAGGCCCAAAUUAACCAAAUAUGAUGCAUAUAUGCAUAGUUCUGUGCCCCACUAACAGUUGCUUUCCUUCCAUGAUACAGCUGAAGAAGGUGAUUAAACUUGACAAACACAGGUGGGAAUGUUUGAACCUAUUUAGCUUCAUGAGAUUAUAAAAAUGCAGGCUCUUAAACUUUGCCAUGUGAGUAGAAUUGCUGUGCUUUGUUUAAUUUUAACUAGAAAUAAGGAAUCUUAAAAUACCUGAAACACUAAGAGUGUUCUGUGUUGUACAUACAGUUUGUUAGAGCCAAGAACAAGAAAGCAGAUUGUCCUGUAAGAAUAGCCUCUUUUAUUUGCCAGACUUUGAAAUAAUUGGGAUGUAAUUUUGAACUUCAUUACCCAUACUUAGUUCUGUAAUACACUGAAUUGGGAUAUCCAAUCCAAAUAAUAUUUUAACUUUCAUUUGUUACCUGAGAUCAGACUUUCAGCUGUGAGGUAAAAUAACUUUCUUCUUUUUGCAGGUGUAUGAAAAUAAAUUGUUUUGAAUUUUUAUCUAUUCUAAUUGCUUUUUUAUGGAGACCUAAACAGAAAACUACUUUUGUUUCCCGGAAAGAACUGCUUAUGAUACAAAGUUACAAGUUUUCUGUGCAAGUCCUGGAGCCAUUGAGCUGUUUUGGGGAUGCUUCUCUGAACAUACAUCAGUAAUAUCAGUGCCCAAAGGAAGGAAAGGGAGUGGAGAACAGCCACCAGUUUUCUUUAAGAAAAGAUAAUUAAACAAUAAGAGUGCUAUUCAUCUUUUAAAAGCAGUUUACUUCCAUGUGUCUUUCUUUGGGGGCUGCUGAAAAGGGCAUGACACAGUGAAACACAUCACCAACUGAGUAAGAGCACAGGCACUUAGUUGACACCCAGACCAUUGUUCUGGAUAUACUAGAACCCAUAGGAUAGGAGUCUACAGAACAAGUGAAAUUUGGAGAAAAUGGCCUGUGAAUUUAAUUUGAACUUCCUUAAGGAAUUGGAGCGAGAGGCUGUUUUGGAAGUCUUGUACCGUGAUGAGAUGGUGAGAAAAACAGAAGAGGAAAGAAUAAGGAAACUGAAACUGCAUCUACAGCAGCUUCGGUGGAAAGGGGCAAAAAAUGUAAGCCAUGAAUAUCAGGAGAGAUCUUGUGCUCGCUGUCAGAAAUCUCUCGGGUUGUUGAUGAACAGAGGGGCAGUAUGCAAUGGCUGCAGUCAUCGAGUAUGCUCUGAAUGCCGUGUCUGCCUGAAUCCCUGCCUUUGGAAAUGCACCAUUUGUUACGCUCAUGGAGAUGUUAAAGUAAAGGCUGGUGAAUGGUUCUUUGAGGAACGAGCAAAGAAAUAUCCAGGUGAAGGCAGACAUGAAACAGUUGGUGCAAAGCUCUUGAAAUCUUAUCAGAAACUGAGUAAAAUUUCUGUCGUACCUCCAACUCCACCUCCUUUCACAGAAUCAACAGCAGGGAUCGAUGUGAUGGUAAAUGAACUUGGAGAGUCUAAAAGGUUUAAUAAAUCUGUGGAAAACUUGUUUUUGUCUCUCACAACACACAUAAAAAAAAUCUCAAAGUCUCAGAAUGACAUGACUGACAGAUGUGUCCUAACCACAGACUUUGGGAGGAAUGUGGAAAGAAGGUGGCAAAGAAGGAGCCAGUCUGACACUGCCAUCAACAUUACAAGCAAGAUGAAAAGUACACCCAGUCUGCAACUGCUCAUCACUGGGGCCCAAAAUGACAGUGAAAUUCCGACAGAAAGUAGUUGCAAGGAGGAAGAAGACAUAACAACCAGUCCCACAAGCGAUACAGUUUUCUGUGAUGGCAGAAAACAUGGAAGUUUGUUUAGUCUUAACAGCACUUGCACUGAAUCUGGCAAUUUUGGCAAAGCUAAUGUCACAGGAGAAAUAGAGUUUGCCUUAAGAUACAUCUUCAGAGCUUACAUCUUGGAAGUUUGCAUCAAGGGAUGCAAGAACCUGGCUUACGGAGAAGAGAAGAAGAAAAAGUGUAACCCGUAUGUUAAGGUUUAUUUACUUCCUGAUAAAUCUCCUUGGAGUAAGCGAAAGACAGCUGUCAAAAAGAGCACAGUGGAUCCAGAGUUCAAUGAGACUUUGAAGUACAAGAUUGAAUACUCCCAGCUGCGAAGUCGGCAACUUCAGAUCUCUGUGUGGCAUGCAGGAGCACUCAAAUACAGGGUGUUUUUGGGGGAAGUAGUGAUUCCACUGGCAGCAUGGAAUUUUGAAGAGGACUCAAUGCAGUUAUUUGACUGGUAUCAACUCAAACCCAAGCUUGAAAAGCCUGAAGAUGAUCUUACCCAGUACAGCGGUGAACUCCUCUUGUCUGCAAGACUCUUGGUACCAGCCCAGUAUAAAAAUUUCCAGUUUGAAGGAAACAAAGACCAAGGAGUUCCCAACUACCAGCUUCAGAUUAUGAUAUUUGGGGCUAAGAACUUGCCCAUGCUGAGACCUGCUGGAGUGUUGAACUCCUUUGUUAAAGGUUGUCUUAUCCUUCCAAACCAAGCAGAGGUAAGGCAAAAGUCUCCUGUCCUGAAGAAAGAAGCCUAUCCUCAGUGGAAACACUUGUUUGUCUUUGAUGGUGUGACGCCAGCUCAGCUACAGCAAUCAUGUCUACACUUGACUGUCUGGGACAAGUCAACUUUCAGCUCAAGUGAUCGAUUCCUAGGAGGAGCCAAGCUCGGUACAAAGGAACUGUUUGGCUCUACAGACCUUGUUUCUCAGUCAGUGCUCCAAUGGCAAGAAGUGCUCUGCAACCCAAACAAGUGGAUGGACUUUACACUUGUACUGCAUUCAAAUAAGGAAAACUUUAAAUCGUGAGAAAUUAUCACACAACUUUUCCUUCCCCAUUUGUGAUAUUUUAAACUUCCCCAGACUUCGGGUCUGGGGAAAGGCAUGAUGCAAAUGCAUCCACUCUGGCUUUUGGGGAAUAGACAUGUAUUUGAAAGUGUGUGACAUUCUGAAUGUUUUAUUUCUUAAAAAGUAAAGGCUUUAACUUGUGUCUCUAGCUGGAGUAUAAGGUUAAUAUUGUUUCUUCAGGAGUUACAGUCUCAGUUUGAGAUGCAUUAUGCUGACAAAGCAACAGUAGCCAGACACUAUGCAGUUUUCCAUUUCUGGGCAUAGCCAAACUCUCAUUGUUUAGUCACAGCUAGGAAUACUUCUCAGAGAAAAUAACUGUUACAGGAGGAAAGUUAUGUGCUUUCACUCUGAGGUUAAUGUUUUAUACACAGAACUGAAAACUACCUUAUCUUUGCUUGCUGCAAAGGGGAGAUGCUAAUAACUGCUUCAGAAUUAUCUACACUGCCACUAUUAUUUCACAUGCCACUAAAAAGCAUUGGCCUGUAGCCACAUCUGUCAAAUGUGUGCUGCAUCACGGGGCUUAGAAAGUUAAGGUACAAAUUCUCCCUCAGUAGGAGUAUGGGACAACAGCUGAUAGACUAAGUGUGGGUGUAAUAAGUUCCUUCUUAUCUGCCACUGUAAGACAGCUUUAACAAGUCUGAUCCAUAGGGUGUACAGCACGUGACAAGAAUUUAGCUCACUUUAUCAUUUAUUCAUGUGUACUGGUGGAAAUGCAAGCUUAGGCCAAACUACUGUGGCAAUUUGCCUUGCCUCGGAUGUAGUGUUACAGUCAGCAGAAACUUCAUAUAUAGAACUGUAACUAGUGCUGCUGUGUUAUACAUUUGUUACUGCAAGUAUUGCCCUUUCUUCCUUUAUAGGUCAGUGUGGCUUUUAAGGAUUUAAGAUUUAAAGACACAAGGACUAACAGGCUAAGCUGAGGAACUAAAAGAGCAGUAGUACACCUUAUAUAGAACACACCCCACACAAGAAACACUUGACUCCACAUCCUUUGUUACUU